CUCACCUGUCUCACCUGUUACCUGUUAGCAGGCUCCCCGCUCACCUGUACGGUGUGUAUUCAUUCAUUGCUCCGUAAGGAAAGCAGACCCAGCUUUGGGCUUUGUAACACCCCUGAUGAAGAGCUCUGGAGACGGAUUUAUAACCGACAGUCGAACCCCCCCAUGAAGCAGACGAGGACAACUUAUAUCACAGGUCCACGAGUCCUGAAGAGGAAUUUCCACCCUGUCGUCUCCGCUCCACAGGGGAUACAGUGCUAUCAUGUCUUACCACGGAUGCACAGGACUUCCUGCAGCGAGGCAGAUGACCCGUGCACAUAUCAGCUACUGUUGGCCUCCGACAACGCCGACAAACAUCUUGUUUGACUCAAGAUAAGUUAAUUGUUUUUACUUCUAUAUAUAUAUUUUUUUGUUUUUAUGAAGAAAACUCAGACAACAGACUGCAGUAAUGGGAUAAAACACCCCCUGUGGUGAUGCUGGAUCAUGUGGAGAUGCUCUUGGAUUUUAACCGUGCGUGUGUUUUUGGCUUUGUGCGGUCAGCUUACACGACUUAAUUUCAUCUGCGGCAGAGGAAGCAGAGCUGAAGUGGACAAAACUUCUCGUACUGAGCUGGACCUCAGCCUGAGCUGUGAACGUGAAUGUUUGAAGAGUCGGAGGCUUUACCUGCACGAGAAGAUUCCACUCAACAGAACCUUCAUCAUUAAUCAGGAUCGGCCUUCAGUCAAAGGUUCAAACAUUUUAUUUAUUUCAAGUCCUCGUCCCACGUCGAGCAUGGGCACACGAGGCCUUCUGGGCUGCCUCCUCCUGACUGCUUUGCUCAGCUUAUCAAACGCCGGGCUCGUGAAGAAAAUCCUACGGCACCGACGACAGAUUCCGUCGACCCCCGAAGAACAUAACAUCACCCUGCCCAGUGAGGGACAACCGGUGGUUUUCAACCACGUCUAUAACAUCAAUGUUCCCGCCAGCGGCCUCUGCUCGGUGAACCUGGACGCCGCAGAGAGCACGGAGCUGCAGCCCAAAGACGCUGCCGUCUCCGCGGGCCAUCGCGCCAGCGAGCACACCGUCAACGGAGAGAACCAGAUCGUCUUCACACACCGCAUCAACAUACCACGGCAGGCGUGUGGCUGCACCGAAGACCUGCCUGGCCUGAAGGCCCUCAUGAGCCGGCUGGAGAUGCUCGAGGGAGAAGUUUCAGCUUUGAGAAAUCAGUGCAACGGUCACAGGUCACAGGUCACAGGUGAGGUGGGAACUAAACCUUACUGCAACGGUCACGGAAACUACAGCGCUGAAACGUGCGGCUGUGUGUGUGAGCCCGGCUGGAAAGGUCCCAACUGCUCUGAACCGGCGUGUCCCAAGAACUGUCACGACCGAGGCCGCUGCGUCGACGGAAAGUGUGAGUGCUCUAAAGGUUUCACCGGAGACGACUGCGCGCUGGAGGACUGCCCCGUGGACUGUGGGGUUCACGGUCAGUGUGUGGCCGGCGUCUGCGUCUGCUCCGAUGGUUUCUUCGGCGAUGACUGCUCUGAAACCACAUGCCUCAACAACUGCAGAGGCCGCGGCCGCUGUGACGACGGGUACUGCGUGUGCGAUGAACCCUGGACCGGUUUAGACUGCGAUGAAAUCAUCUGCCCCAAAGACUGCUACGACCGCGGACGCUGCGAGAAUGGGACCUGCUUCUGCGACGAAGGGUUCACCGGGGACGACUGUGGAGAUCGCACCUGUCCCAACAACUGUCACGGGAAGGGUUUCUGCGUGGAUGGAAAGUGCGCCUGCAUCGCUGGCUUCAGCGGAGAAGACUGCUCCCAGCUCACCUGCCUCAACGACUGUAACGGCAGAGGCUCGUGCUUCAACGGGAUGUGUAUCUGUGAGACGGGGUACCAAGGCGAGGACUGCAGCCAGUUGGCGUGCCUGAACAACUGCAACAACAGAGGCCAGUGCAUCAACGGACAGUGCGCCUGCGAUGUCGGCUUCCAGGGAGACGACUGCGCGGAGCUUUCCUGUCCGAACGAUUGCCUCCAUAGGGGACGCUGCGUUAACGGGCAAUGUGUGUGCGAGGAAGGCUUCGCCGGCGAGGACUGCCGCAUCAGGACCUGUCCCUCAAACUGCUACGGCCGUGGCGAGUGCAUUGAAGGACGUUGCGUGUGUCACGCGGGCUUCACCGGCGAGGACUGCAGCGAGCUGAGCUGCCCCAACAACUGCCAAAACCAGGGCCGGUGCGUGGACGGGCAGUGCGUCUGCGACGAAGGCUUCGCCGGCGAAGACUGCGGUCGGAAAGCUUGUCCCAAUGACUGCCUCACUCGGGGUCACUGCGUCGACGGCAAGUGCGUCUGUCAGGAGGGCUACUCUGGAGACGACUGCUCUGUGGUCGCCUGUCCAAACAACUGCAACAACAGGGGCCGCUGCAUCAAUGGGAGGUGCUCGUGUCAGAGCGGGUACGAAGGGGAAAGCUGCGCAGAGCUGAGCUGUCUCAACGACUGCCACGACAAAGGACGCUGCGUGGACGGCCGGUGCGUCUGCGAUGAGGGGUACAUCGGAGAGGACUGCUCAGAAGUGUCUCCUCCAAAGGAUCUCACGGUUGGCGAGGUCACCAGUGACAAAGUGGACCUGUCCUGGAAAAACGAGAUGUUGGUAACGGAGUACCUCAUCACGUACGUGCCCACCAUUCCCGGUGGACUUCUUCAGGAGUUCACCGUGACGGGAGACAAAACGCUUGCCACCGUCAAGGAGCUUGAACCUGGCAUGGAGUACCUGAUCAAUGUGUACGCUGUGCUGAGCAACAAGAGGAGUGUUCCUGUCAGCGCGAGGGUGGCCACAGAUCUUCCACAACCAGAAGGUUUAAUAUUCAAAUCGGUGAGAGAGACCUCGGUGGAGGUGAUGUGGGACCAGCUGGAUAUCACCUUUGACGGCUGGGAGAUCUAUUUCCGCAACACGAAAGAAGAAAAUGGAAAAGUCAUGAGCACCCUGCCAUCCAGUCAAAACCAGUUUCUCCAGUCGGGCCUUGGACCAGGACAAGAGUAUGAAGUCUCCAUCAACAUUAUCAAAAACAACACCAGAGGACCCCAAACAUCCAAGAAAGUCACUACCAAGAUCGACGGCCCCCGCCAGGUGGAGGUGAAGGAUGUGACGGCCUCCUCCGCUCUGAUUGGCUGGUCUCAGCCGGUGGCUCCUAUGGACAAAGUCACCAUGUCUUACGGGCCCGCGUCCGACCCGUCAAACCAAACCAGCGUGGACGUUUUCCCCCCAGACAAGCAGUACAGCGUUGGCGGCCUGAAGCCGGACACAGAGUACAAAGUGUCGCUCAUCUCCAAGAGUGGAGACGCCACCAGUGACCCCGUCACCACCACAUUCACUACAGCCCUGGAUGCCCCCACGGACCUGCAGGCCAUGUCCCAGACCGACGACAGCAUCACUCUGGAGUGGACCAACAGUCAAGCUGAUGUCGAGAGCUACCUGGUGAAGUACAGUCCCAUCUCUGGAGCGACUCACGGUGAAGAACUGGUCCCGAGAGGACCAGGAGUCUCCACAACGGCUACUAUCACCGGGCUGAAGCCGGGGACGGAGUACGGGAUCGGCGUGACGGCCGUGAAGAAUGAGAGAGAGAGUCUGCCUGCUACUACAAAUGCAGCCACCGAUAUCGACCCACCGAGAGACCUCAAAGAGGUCGACUCCUCGGAGACCUCCCUCACCUUGAGGUGGGAGAAGCCCCAGGCUAAGGUCGGCGCCUACAGGCUGACGUACUACUCCAAAGACGGCCGGUACGAGGAGGUGGUGAUCCCGGAGACGGCGACUACUCAUGUCCUGUCCAACCUGAGUCCUGGGAUGAGCUACAUGAUCACUCUGACUGCAGAGAGGGGUCACAAGAGGAGCGCACAUGUCGCCCUUUCUGCUUCCACAGCCUCUUUCACGUUUUAUUUAGCUGACACAGACGACCGCGAUCUAACGACUCCCGCAGGCUCGGAGGACAAUGUCAUUAGCUUUGUGCAUUUAGAGCCCCACUCUGGGUCCCAGCCCUCUGGUGGGACGGAGCCUGAGGAUGAGCUUGGAUCGCUGACUGUCUCGGGCGUCACGCCCGAUGGAUUUGACCUCUCGUGGAGACUAAAGGCUCACAGUGUCUAUGAUAGUUUAGCCGUAGAAUAUAAAGACGCUCAGCGGUCGGGGGAUGCGAGUGAGGUCCGACUUCCUGGAGAUGCCACUGGCUCCAGAGUCGAAGGCCUGAAGGCAUCGACUGAGUAUCAGAUAAUACUUUACGGAGUAACGAGUAGCCAGAGAUCUGCGCUACUUGAAGCUGUUGCAGUCACAGCACCAACGCCUACCUCUCCAGAUGUGCUUACGCUGAGCAUCAAAGCUGCCCCAACAACCCCACACUCUGCUCUGGAUAUUGAAGCAGCACAAACCCCAGAUCCCCUCCGUCCUCUAAACACUGAGGCGCCUUCCAGCUCUGACACUGGCCCGAUGAGCUCUGGCGCUGAGCCCGAAAGCUCGAGUCUGGAUGAAUUGGGCGACCUCACGGUCAAUUUUACCUCCACUAAUGUAAGCCUGUUUUUGGUGGAGGUCAGUACUCCGUCAGGGGAGUCACAGCCUCACGUGACCACACCGCCAGGAAGUGUGAGGGAGGAAACGGAGGGUUUGUCCCCCUCGACACAAUAUAAUGUUACGUUACAUGGGCUGGUGGAAGGGAACCGAUCUUUACCUCUCAAAGUUUUUCCUACUGCAGAGGAGCUGAAGCCCAUGGUGAUGAACCUCACCACCUCUGACAUUACAUGGGAUGGCUUCACUGCGUCCUGGAGCCCCUCGGGUGGGGAAUUUGACAGCUUUGUCAUUGAGGUAACAAACUUGGAGAAUUUCGCAGAGAGCCAGAACCUCACUCUGUCGGGAGGCGCUCUCAGCCUGGUCAUCUCCGGGCUGAAUCCCAACACCAGCUACAUGGUGGGCCUGUUUGGGAUGUAUCAGGGCUCCUUCCUUGAACCCGUGUACACUGAAGCCACCACAGUGAAUCAACCAGUGGUUGGCAAACUAUAUAUCUCAAACUUAACGCCAGAGAGCUUUUCAAUCUUCUGGAACGGCACUGAAGGAGAAUUUGAUGGUUUUAUCCUGGAGAUAAUUGAUUCUGAUUGGCUGAUGGAGCCAAAGGAAUAUAACAUAUCCCGCAAUGUAAAGUCCCAUCACAUCACAGGGCUCAGGCCCAGCACUGACUAUGUAGCCUACCUCUAUGGGACAUACAAGGGAUCCAGAACAAGUGCUGUCAGUAUUGUUGCAUCAACAGCUGAAGAGCCUGAUUUGUCCAGGCUAGUUGUUUCUAACAUUACCUCAGACAGAUUCUCUCUGUCGUGGCGGACAGGAGAGAGGUCUUUUGAUAACUUUAUAGUAGAAGUCAGAGAGUCUGCUUUGCCCUCGCAGGCAAUGGGGCGCGCUCUGCCAGGAGACGUGCGCUCCACAGUCAUGGCCGGGCUCAAAGCGAGCACAAGGUACAACAUAAAGCUGUACGCCAGCGCUGGUGGCCAGAACACACAGCCCCUGUUUGAUGUAGCUACAACAGAGGAUGUCCCACAGUUGGGGCCCAUAACCGCUUCAUCUGUGAGCCCACAUAACCUCAGCUUGUCCUGGAGCACAGUGUCGGGCCACUUUGAUGGCUUUGUUAUCCGGGUCAGUGACCCUGAGCAGCAGUCUGACACGCUGGAGUUCAGACUGCCCGGUGAAGCCCGUAACAUUACGAUCUCUAACCUGAUGGAUGCGACAGGCUAUGAUAUUGAACUGUACGGUAUCUCUCACGGGCGCCACACACCCUCUCUGUUAGCCCACGCUGUCACAGCUUCUUUGCCCAAAGUGGAAAACUUGACCAUUUCCAACAUAACCCCCUACGGCUUCCGUGUGUCGUGGGAGGUGAAGCAGCAGCUGCAGCAGCAGGAGGAAUUAGCCCCCUCUAGCGGCGGCUUCAGCCAGUUUCACAUAGUGGUGACAGACUCUGGCUGGCUGUUGGAGCCUCAGGAGUUCACUGUGCCAGGAAACCAAAGUCACCUGGACAUCUGGGGCCUCAUCACCGGCAUAGGCUAUGAGGUCAGGCUGACCGGGGUGUCAGAGUCAGGGCUUCUCUCUCGGCCUCUGACUACAGUGGCUGUGACAGAGGCCGAACCGGAGGUGGAGCAUCUCUUUCUCUCGGACAUCACGGCCGACGGUUUCCGUCUGUCGUGGACUUCUGAUGAAGACAUGUUUGACAGAUUUGUGAUCAAAAUAAGAGACAGCAAAAGACUAGCUCACCCUCACGAGUUCAGCGUCCGCGGCGACGAACGAACCAAGGUUUUAACUGGACUCAUGAGUGGCACUGAGUAUGAAAUCGAGCUUUAUGGUGUCACAUUGGACCAACGCUCCCAACCUAUUACUGGCGUUGUUCAGACAGGCCUGAGCACUCCUCGGGGACUUCACUUCUCGGAAGUGACUGACUCCUCGGCUGUAGUUCACUGGUCCAUGCCUCGCUCUCCGGUGGAUCACUACAGAAUCACCUACGUGCCCUUUGAAGGAGGAAACCCACUGAUGGUGACUGUGGACGGCAGCGUGUUUGAGGCUUUGCUGCCCAGCAUGGUCCCCGGCAAAACAUACCAGGUGACUGUGAGCUCUGUGAAGGGUCUGGAGGAAAGCGACCCCAGCACCGACACCGUAACCACAGCUCUGGACAGACCUCAGGGCCUGACUGCAGUUAAUGUCACGGAUGCCUCAGCCCUGUUGUUGUGGCAACCGUCUGUGGCCACCGUCGACAGAUACGUGAUCACCUACAGCGCUGAUUCAGCGUCCCCCAUGGUGGAGCAUGUUUCUGGGAACAUAGUGGAGUUCGAGAUGGGCUCUCUGGUUCCAGGAACUCACUACACGGUCGGAGUACACGCUGUGAAAGAAACUCAAAAGAGCGACUCUGCUGUUACUGAAUUCACCACAGACGUCGAUCCCCCUCGUGAUCUCGCAGCUAUUAACAUUCAAACCGACAGCGCGACUCUCACGUGGAGGCCUCCACAGGCUGCCAUCACCGGUUACACGCUCACCUUCUCCUCUGCUGAUGGUAUAAUCAGGGAGGUGAUGCUAAGCUCGACGGCGUCCUCUUAUAACAUGGCUCAGCUCACUGGCUCGACGGAGUACAGCGUCAAACUUCAGGCCAUCGCCGGAGCCCAGAGGAGUCGUCCCGUCAACACCGUCUUCACUACGAUUGGACAGUUGUACAAACGGCCCAAGGACUGUGCUCAGAUUUUGCUGAAUGGAGAGACGACCUCUGGUCUGUACACCAUCUACGUGGGCGGAGAGGAGAGCCAGCCCCUCCAGGUUUACUGUGACAUGACCACAGAUGGAGGAGGGUGGAUGGUUUUCCUCAGACGCCAGAAUGGAAAGCUGGAAUUCUACAGGAACUGGAAGAACUACACCGCUGGCUUCGGUAACAUGAAUGAUGAGUUCUGGCUGGGUCUCUCCAACCUCCAUAAAAUCACAAAUUCUGGCCAUUAUGAGCUACGAGUGGACUUGAGAGACAACACAGAAUCGGCCUACGCUCAGUACGACAAGUUUACGAUCGCAGAGCCAAGAUCACGCUACAAAGUCUACGUCGGAGCGUACAGUGGAACAGCAGGUGACUCCAUGAUUUACCACCAGGGCCGACCCUUCUCCACCUACGACAACGACAACGACAUCGCCGUCACAAACUGCGCCCUGUCUUACAAAGGCGCCUUCUGGUAUAAAAACUGUCAUCGUGUCAACCUCAUGGGGAAAUACGGCGACAGCAGUCACAGUAAGGGGAUCAACUGGUUCCACUGGAGGGGCCACGAACACUCGAUCGGAUUUGCAGAGAUGAAAAUCAGGCCGGCCAACUUCAGAAACUUCGAGAGCAGAAAAAAGCGAUCAUAGACCGGUGAACCUGUCCUCGUCUACACCUCAUCUCCUCCGCCCUCCACCCCACCUCCAGUCUCGUCAUCAGUCGUGAACUUCUCGUUGUUCAUCCUCUAAUCACUAAAAAAA